GCGAGAUCUUACGAUUCUGAACAACAUAGAAGCAAGCGCCAAGUAGUUGCAACCAACACGACGAGCAAAGCUAAAACACCAGAGGACACCUUAAAAGAAAUAAACAAACUGUUAUCAGCGGGGACACUGCGCCUUUGCGGCUCAAAGGGUGACUCUUGUCAGUCAGGUACCCCAGGCCCUUCCGGUCCACCUGGGCCGAGAGGAGAGAAAGGAGAGCAAGGGCGAACAGGAGAAAGGGGGACACCCGGAAACAAAGGAGACAAAGGCCUUGUGGGAUUACCAGGGGAAAGCGGCAGGCGAGGUAUAAUGGGACCUGCAGGACCAAAAGGCGAUUCUAGAGUUAAAGGGCAAAAAGGAGACAUGGGACCAGCUGGGGUGCCGGGACCCAAAGGAGAGCCUGGUGAAUCGAUUACAGCUCCUGUUGUUUCAGUUUCUCCUGCAAAGUUGAUAGUAAACGAAAGUGGAACAGCUUCAUUUCAAUGUUCAGUGAGCGGUAAUCCUGAGCCUACAGUAGCGUGGAGUAAAAUGGACAAUCAGUCGCAACUACUUCACUCCCUGGGUUCAAGAGGACACUUGCUUUUAUCAAAAGUAACAGGAAGUGACACUGGAACGUAUUUUUGUUCAGCAGCAAACAUUUUAGGGACGGCGCAGGCACAAGUGCAGCUUGUAGUAAAUGGUAUGACUGUGUACUAUUAAAUUCAAUAUUUGGUUUUGUUGCAUUCACAUUAAACGAGCAAAAGUUCGAUUCUUGGAGGCUUCAGUAUGAGGUUUUUCAGAGUAUGUCAGUGCAGGAUCCUAGCCCUCGAAUGUUACCAUAAUUUGCCUUGGUUGGUAGGCCAAAAAUGAAUUCUUAUUUAUUCAUUAUUACUUUUUUUUAUUUAUUUGUUACUUGUUUUUUAAAUGUACUAGAACAAGCCAAGGCCACUCUUUUCUUAUGAACUACUCUGAUAAAAGUUCCAUCUCAUUUAAAAUGCCCAACUAAUGCUUUUCUGCAAACUAGAGCAUACUUUACUGACUUAUUAGCUAGCCAGUAAUUGUUAUUUAUUUAUUGUGGUUUUUACCUGCUGUUGUUACUCAUCGUCUCAAUGUUAGGAUUCAUGACCAUAAACAUUGGAGAGCUUUUGCAGCUACAUUUUAUUUAUGAUUUUUUUUUUUUACCUUUUACUUUUUUCUUCUUUUUCCGAAGAGAUUACAAAUUCUCUCAGUCAGUUUAACGGGAUCACUGUUUGAUCCUUUUUGUUGUUGUUUCAGUUCACCCUCGAAUGUUCCUUCAUCCGGGACCUCAUUACACCACUGAGGGUAAAAACGUAACCCUUCCAAUCUGCCACGUGACUGGUUACCCUCAGCCUGUGGUAACCUGGGGCAAGUUGUCUGGCCAGUUACCCCAGGUUAGAGUGAAGACUAACACAAGUGCUUUAACUAUAUUCCGCGCACGAAAGAAUGAUUCCGACACUUACUUCUGCUCAGCAGUAAACCUGUUGGGAAGUGUUGAAAAGAAGACGCUGCUAGUAGUCAAGGUCCCUGUUCCUAAGUUCACCGUUACGCCGCCUGUCAAAAUCUUUGCAGCGACUGAUGAGACUCUGGAGUUGAAUUGUACCGCUGCUGGUGAUCCAACACCAGUUAUCAGCUGGAAAAAACAAGGAUCUCAGCUGCCUGUUGGGCGAAGCCAGCAGAUGAAUGGCACAUUAAUUCUUAGAGGUUUAACACUGAACGAUGCAGGAAACUAUAUUUGUGUGGCAACAAUAACUAGGAAACAUCAAGUUGAAACGGUGACAAACGUUGAAGUGUAUCAACCGAUAGCUCGAGGUUUGUUUGUUAGACUGCAUCCAUUGUGUAUACUACAGGGAGGGGGUGGGUGGGGGAAAGGGAUAUUUCUAAAAGGGACAAAGUUCUUUUCAUAUCCUCCCCACACGCAUCAUACAGGAUUUUUUGACAUUCCUCCUCUUGAGGAAAAGGGGAAAAACCCCGGUAUUAGUAAAAUUUGUGCAAUAUGAUAAAGUAGUGGAGAGAUUAAUGUUGCAAUGAAAUAGAGAACUGAAAAUAAAAGGUGACAAAGUGGUCACAGAUGUUAGUAUUUCUCGUCUAGAGUUUAAAUCAAAGGAAGUUUUAAGAAAUUAACGCCAGCUGUGGCUCACUGCGAAAUUGCAUACCAAAGCCAUGUGGCAGUUUAGGGUCAAUAAUAUGGCAAACUACUUGUACCAAAAUAGGUUACAUUUGUAUUGGGAAACAUAGACUAGCAAAAGAUCAAGCUCAAGGGAAAAAAAGGCAAACAAAGGAAUGAGACAUUGAAUGGCCUGCCUAAACAGUAAAGCACAAAAAGAAAAAGGAAUUGCAAGUCAGCCUGCUUCUGAAGAAAGGUCCACAUUCGGGAGGAGUCGGGGGGGGGGAGGGGGGGGAACUCAAAAAGUUUUAUACGCCCCGAGGCCUAGCCUCUUACCAUUUUUAUGCCAUUUUUGACAGAAAAGGUACCCCUUCCGUAUACCUUACAUUGACAAAUAAAACCCCUUUAACAUAUCUAGUUUAGAACUUUGCAUACCUUUAACUGAAACCAGAAAAAGGUGAUCUAACUGACUUUGUCAGGCUUGCAAAUAAACAUUUGCUUUUCUCUGAAAUUAAAUAUUUGAUAAAUGUUUUUUUUUUCUUUUCACUUCAGGUCAAGACUGUUUAUCACUGUUCAAAUCAGACUAUACUCAAAGUGGAGUGUACUCUGUGAACCCAGACGGUCAAGGAGCCUUCCUUGUAUACUGUGACAUGCGCACUGAUGGUGGAGGGUGGACCGUUUUCCAGAGAAGACAGGAUGGCUCGGUGGACUUCUAUCGCGGAUGGAACGAUUACAAAUCAGGUUUUGGUCAGCUGACGGCUGAGUUCUGGUUAGGAAACGACAAGAUCCACAGGCUGACGGCCUCUAGACCCAGAUCUUUGCGGGUGGAACUGGGUGACUGGAACGGAGCAAAAGCAUAUGCCAAAUAUGGCAAGUUUUACAUUGGUGAUGAGCAGGCGAAAUAUCGACUUGGAGUGGGCUCGUAUUCAGGGACGGCAGGAGAUUCGUUAGCAUGGCAUAAUAACGAGGCUUUUAGCACUAAAGAUAGAGAUAACGACAGAUGGGGUAGUAUACACUGUGCUGUAUCAUUCAUUGGUGCCUGGUGGUACAGCGGUUGCCACAACUCCAAUCUAAAUGGAAAAUACCUGGGAAACACUAGGUGGAAUUAUACUGGAGUCAUUUGGGAGGACUUCAGAAGCGGCGUUUCACUAAACUUCACGGAAAUGAAAUUGAGGCCGUCAUCAUAA